AUGUACAAGACAGUCGUUGUCCUCCUGGCUCUAGCCGCCCUCUCAAUGAGUGCCCAAGCUUUCAGCUAUGGGAUUGGUGCAUACGGUGGAUUCCCUGGACUAGGUGGUGGAUAUGGAAUGGGUGGUGGAUAUGGAUUAUUAGGUGGUGGAUAUGGAUUAGCCGGAUUAGGCGGGUAUGGUGGAUAUGGGGGAUAUGGAUUAGGUGCAUUGGGGGCCUACGGUGCACUGGGUGGAAUGGGAUAUGGAUUAGGUGGAUAUGCAUUCGGUGGAUAUGGCGGUAAGUUACUGGAUGUUUGGGAUUUUAGUUUUAACUCUUAA